CAAUGAGAAAAAAUGUCUGUUGCGAAUUAGACAGAAUUUCGUGUUGAGGAAUUUUUAAUCGGAUCAUUCGUUUACAGACGAGGCACGAGGCAAUAAUGUUUUUAAUUAUUUCUAUAUUUGUGAUAAUUAUUGGCUUCGAAGCGGGUGUAGCUACUGCUGCAGAAGAGCCGAAAUUAGUUUUCUUCUAUGGCAAUAGCGUUAACACAAACCACACGUAUCAACUAACCGAGGCCGUACAGAUCCUUCAUCACCACAAGUUUAAUAAAUAUCAAAAUAGUGUUCUCUAUAUUCAUGGAUUUGUGGAAUCACCUCUGUCAGGAACAGUGCAAUCAAUUGUUAACGCGUAUAUAGCGAGACGUACGUACAACAUUUUGGUGUUGGAUUGGAGUGCUCUUGUUAACGGUUCAUAUGUUACGGCUGUUACUAAUUCGAUUGAGGUUGGACCGACAAUUGCAAGACAACUGAUAACUCUAUUUGGUAAAGGACUGAACCCUUGGUCACUGCACAUCGUAGGACACAGUCUCGGAGGUCAAUUAGCCGGAAUCAUAGGACGAUCAAUCAUUCAAUUAUCUGCUAAUCAUUUUAAACUACGAAGAAUUUCAGCGUUAGACCCAGCCUUUCCAGGCUUUUAUCCACCUCUAAACAUGACUAAACCGAUUGAUGUGAAUGACGCCUAUUUAGUUGAUGUUAUUCAUACUGAUGCCGGAAACUAUGGAUCACCAGUAUAUACUGGCUGCGUAGAUUUUGUCGUGAACAGCGGUACCCGAUUUCAACCAGGCUGUCCAGUGGGGAAUUUUACAGCUUUGAGUUCGGACGACACAUGCAGCCAUCAACGAUCAGUAGCAUAUUGGGCUGAAAGUGUUUCAAAUCGUAGACGUACUUUUCUGGCAACGAAUUCUGUUUUUCCCAUAAUAAAAGUCAACAUGGGCAUAGAUUGUCCUUUAUUUGUUCUACGCGGCACUUAUUCGGUCGUAACGAAUUCAGUGUCACCAUAUUCAAUAAGCCCGUAAUAGAGAACUUAUGAAUUGAAUAUAUGAUUGAAGUAACGAUCAACCCAGUACUUCUGUUGGUCUUUUUAUGAAAUAAAUGGAAGUUCACUUGUUCCAAGUAGGAAA